AUGGGAGCUGUUGUUGAAGAUAACGACAUGUUCUUAGAAAACGAAUUUGGGAAGUUAUCUUUAUACGUAGGAGAUCUUGAUUCGAGCGUUGAAGAAUUUGAUUUAUACAACAAAUUCAAUGCCAACGGCGAGGUUUCCUCAGUUAGAAUCUGUCGUGACCGAAUCAGCGGCUCGUCUCUUGGAUACGCAUAUGUCAAUUUCCACCGUAGCUCUGAUGCUGAGAAGGCGAUGAAAGAGAUGAAUUUCGUGGAGGUGAAGGGAAAGCCGAUGAGGAUAAUGUUCUCGAACCAUGAUCCUAGCAUGAGAAGAAGCGGGAGAGGUAACGUGUUCGUCAAGAAUCUAGACAAGUCUUUCGAUAACAAGCAGCUCUUCGACCUAUUCUCUUCGUUUGGAUCGGUUCUCUCUUGCAAAGUGGCUCGUGAUGCUUAUGGAGUUUCAAAGGGAUACGGCUUCGUCCAAUUCGAGUCCGAAUCUUCGCUCAUAUCCGCUGUUAAAACCCUCAACGGCUCGUUCGUCGGUGAACAAUACCUACACGUUUGUCCAUUCGUGAGCCGUCGUCAAUGGGACGCGUCUCCGGUUUUCACCAACGUAUAUGUUAAAAACUUGGCUAAGAAGGCAACGGAUGAUGAUUUGAAGACGGUUUUCGGAGAAUUCGGAUCGAUUAGUAGCGCGGUUGUGAUGAGAGACGGAAAAGGCAAGUCUAGAAGAUUUGGAUUUGUGAGCUUUGAAAAAUCUGAGGCUGCGGCUACUGCGGUAGAGAAGAUGAACGGGACGGUCGUCGAUGAAAAGGAAUUGUACGUUGCUAGGGCACAGAGGAAAAAGAACAGAGUUGAGAGUUUGAAAGCUGAGUUCAAAUCGAACAAGGUCAAACCAGAUGUGAGAGUGGUUAAAGGUGUGAAUCUUUACGUGAAGAAUCUUGAUGAUGGUGUUAACGAUGAGAAGCUCCAAGAUUUGUUUUCUGAGUUUGGAACCGUCACUUCUUGCAAGGUCAUGGUUCACUUGAAUGGUAUGAGCAAAGGUGUUGGGUUUGUUGAGCUUUCAACUAGCGAGGAAGCUUCUGCAGCGAUGCUCAAAAUGAAUGGGAAGAUGGUGGGGAAAAAACCUAUUUAUGUUUCUUUGGCGCAACGUAAAGAGGAACGUAAACUUCAUCUUCAACCUCAAUUUAGUGACGUGGUUUUGCCAACUCCACUACCAUAUCUUCAUCAACAUCCUCCAAUCUUCAGUCAAGCAGCCACUUCGACGACAGCAUUAUUGCCUCCAUUCAGAGGAUACAACAAUUUUCAACCACAGAUCAUGUUUCCACCAAGAUUUUCAAACGGUUUCCCAACAAUGCACGUCCCUAACUUCAUGGUACCGCAACAUUUUCCACCUCCUCCUCCGAGCGCGUUCCUGUUACCGCAGUCGCGACAGGUGCUAUGGAACCAGUACUAG